AUGAGGGGUGGUGGCGGAUGGUCCCCCUGUCUUCGAGCCCUGGGUGGACAAAAGGGCUUCCGGAAAGAGAGGAGGAGGAUGGCCAGUGGGAAUGGGCUCUCUUCAUCCUCGGCCCUGGUGGCCAAGCGCCCCUCCGCCCUGGGCCCAUUCCCCAGAUACAUCUGGAUCCACCAGGAUACACCCCAAGACAGCCUAGACAAGACUUGCCAUGAAAUCUGGAAGAGAGUUCAAGGCCUACCCGAGGCCUUGCAGCCCAGGACCUCCAUGGAGCAGCUCUCUGUCCCCAUGGGUGGGACUCCAAGAGACUACGGACUCAGCUUCCAAGAAGAAGCUCUGGAGCUGAGCAGCGGCAAAGAUGAGAUCUCCCUGUUGGUGGAGCAGGAGUUCCUGAGCCUCACCAAAGAGCACCUCAUCCUGGUCAAAGAGAGCUCAGGGGAGCUGGAGGCAUCUGCUGGCUCUGCCGAGGGCACCAAAGAGCCAACUGCCUGCAUCCUGGUAUCUCCCCUGGUGACAGGCAGUAGUGAGCGCCCCAGAGCCUCCAUCAGCACCUGUGACAAGCUCCUGGAGCAGAAGGUGGCCAUGCCCCUUAUCAGCAGUCGACAGGACUGUGAUUCUGCCAUGUCUACAGUCACAGGCAUCCUGCGUGCCGCCAAGGUCAAGAGUGCCAAGGGGACAGACAACGGGGGCCACGGCCUGGGUGCCUCCAACUCAGAGAUCAGCAAGCUCCUGGCACAGUUCCCGCUGAAGUCCACCGAGGUGUCCAAGGCCCCUGACAACAAGAUGGUGCUGGAGGAGACGAGAGCCAUCAAGGACUUCCUGCAGAACAGCAUGUUCAGUGGCCUCGGGCCCAGGGAGCCCGUGGGGCUGGGCCCCUUCCUGCUGCCGCCACCCGCGCCUCCUCCCACAGCCCCUGAAAAGCUCCCUGAGCUCUCUGCUCAGAAGAGGCAGCUCCCAGUGUUUGCCAAGAUUUGCUCCAAGCCUGAGACUGACCCGGCCGUGGAGGGGCAUAACUUGACGGAACGGAACCCUGGCACCAAAGAGCUGACCAAAGGUCGAGAGAGCCUCUUCCUCAGCCAGUGGCCCCAGAGUCGAAAGGACAGCUGCGGUGAGGAGGGUUGCAGUGACCCAGUUGGCACCAUGUCUAUGGCGCUGCCAACCAAGAAGCCAGCAUGGCCGGCCGAGAAGAAUCUGCUCUAUGAGUUCUUCGGGGCCACAAAGAACCCAAGCGGACAGCUGAAGCUUCGCAGCAAAGCUGAAGUGGAUGGGCUGGAGCUGAAACUUAACCCACCUGCCACCACUGCCGACAAGAACAACCACAAGUAUGCAGGGAACGUUUACACCCCACGCUUUGCCACAGCCUUGACCUCAGCAACCGUGAAUCAGCCGCUCUGGCUCAACGUGAACUAUCCACCUCCACCAGUGUUCUCAAAUCACUCCACCUUCCCCCAAUAUCAGGGUGUGUACCCACCACGGGCACCAAGGAUGCCCUAUCAACAGACUGUGCACCCCCCGAUGGGGUGUUACUCCCGCCAGGUGACACCAUACAACCCACAGCAGAUGGGACAGCAGAUGGGACAGCAGAUGGGGCAGCAGAUGGGACAGCAGAUCUUUCGCUCCUCCUAUACUCCCCUACUGAGCUACAUCCCCUUUGUCCAGCCCAACUAUCCGUACCCUCAGAGGACACCGCCAAAGAUGUCUGCCAAUCCCCGAGACCCUUCCCCCAUGGCAGGGGAUGGGCCACAGUACCUCUUUCCCCAAGCCUAUGGGUUCGGCUCAACGUCCGGUGGGCCCGUGAUGAACAGCCCCUAUUUUUCCUCCAGUGGGAACGGCAUCAAUUUUUAG